AUGAGAGUUCAAGUGGCAAUCAAGAGUAUUUUACCAUUAUUUGUGCUUUUAUCAAAUGGUGUCUUAUCAGUUAAACACUCGGGGCAUAGACCUUUGCAGCCUUCUGACUUUUUUUCACGUCGAGAUUCUGAUUUUCCCCGAGAUCAUGGUAAAGAUGGUCGUCGUCCUUUUGAUUCUGAUAGCUUUAGCGAAUAUUCUGAGCCAAAACAAAGGCGCAAGUCCACAUUGAUAUCACCUGAUCAUCCGCUUCAUACGGUUGAGGAUUCUGUGCGAUAUGUGGAUGAUAAACUUAGAACAGUUGAUAAGGCAAUUAGAAAAUGGGAAUCCUCCUUAACGGAAUCCUUCGAUAAAGUUACUUAUGACACAGAAGCUAUAUCAAAUAUAGGGCCAGUCAUGUCUUCUUAUCUCAAAAGUGACGAGAAGAAGUUGCUUUCUGAGUUCAAGGGAAGCAAAUCAUGUGAGAGAGUUAUCGGGAAAUAUGUGAACAGGUGUAAACAGGGUGACUGUUUCACGCUUGAUAAUAUGAACAUGUUUGGUGCUGGGGAUAGGAUGAGCAUUGCCUUACCACCUUUAUGCCAGCUGAACUUCGCAAUUGAGCUUUUUAAAAAAUCGGAUGCAUAUGAUAACCCAGAGGAGAUUGUACUAGGGGUGAAAGGAAUAGUUAAUUUGGCUUUGGGUAGGGUCCUUUCCAAUAGAAUGUUACAGGCAUUUGCUGAUCAGAUCUUAAAGGCCAAUAUUGGAAAUAUAUAUUAUAUGAGUAAACAUGAGGAAAUUAUGAAUAAGUUCAUCUAUACAGUGACCUUGUUCUAUAAGACGCAUAUUGCGGAAUCUACCAUUGCUCCUACUCUCAACGAAUUUUUGGUUCUGAGACCGGUAUUUAUAAUGCAAACUAAAUCACGUGUUAUUACUAUAGCUGAUAAGCUUUUCCACAACAGUGGAAUCGCUUUUGGGAAAGAAGAUAUCCAUACUAUAACUGAAUCAUUCAUCAGAUACCUGUCCACGGAUAGAGAGCUUUAUGAAAAUUUGGUCAUAUAUUUUGCAAGAGUAUGCAAGAAUGUACUAAUAUCAGCUUCCAAGGGUGAUAGGGUCAUGAAGGCCUUGUCUUCAUACCUCAAAAAUCAUUCUAUUGUCGAAAAGAUUUGCAAGAAGAAUGACACUGAUUGUGAAGAUGCAGUGAAUAGUUAUGUUAAGAGGUGUCUGGCAGGAGAUUGUUACACUUUUGAUAAUAUAAAGGUCUAUGAUGAAACUCCUCAGCUCUCUGUAUCUCUGCCAAACCUGGACCAGGUUGACGCCGCAUUUUACACAUUCAGACAUAGUAAGGCACAGGGAUAUAGGAUUCUUAACUUAAUAAAGAAGGUAUUUAGAUGCAAACCUCAUAAGACAUUGAGGCAUUUUAUCACAAUUCUUGCCGCUGCUAACACGGAAAAGAUGUAUUUUUCCAAUCAUACUCAAGCAUUUGUAAAUGGAUUUUUAUAUGAGUCCACUCUGUAUUACAGAAGGUUCCUAUACAUAUCGUACUUAAAAGGAUUUUAUAAUUUGAACAAGUUUACCUUGGCCAUAUUUCGUCUAGUGAAGAUUAGACACAUGAAGAGGAUGGCUGAAGCAUUAUCUAAGAAAAAAAUUAUUGUUGUACCUGAUGUAUUUAACGGCAUAUUUAAGGAGUUUAGUGCAUAUCUUUUUGUUAGGAGAGCUUCGAAAUACAAGAAGCUCACCAAUUUCUACGUACGUUUGUGUAAAGAGGCAGCAGGUGUGGCUCUUGAGGGUGACAAUAUCACACUUUCUAUGGCAGAAUACCUUACCACACAUGAUGAUAUCGCACAGGAGGUUUGCCGCAUUGGUGAUGGAGAAUGUAAGGGUGAUAUAGAAAAGUAUGUACAGAGGUGUAAAGUUGGGGAUUGUUAUACUUUUGAUAAUAUAAAGAUCUAUGAUGAUGAGGCAAACUUUGCCAUAUUUUUGCCAAAUUUGAAUCAGGUGGAUGCUGCCUUCACUAUAUUCAAGCAUUGUGCAAAGGAUUAUAUCGAAAUUAGUGAUAAAAUUCUUUCAUUUGCUCUCGGUGGAGUUUCAGAAAGGACGUUGAAAUUUACCAGAGUACUCUUGACCAUGAAUUUAAAGAAGCUAAACCCAAUCAAUUUUACUCAUAGAGUCGUAAACAACUUUUUAUAUCACGCUACCAUAUAUUACAAAGCGACUUCCUCCCAAAGAUUUAUUAAUAGCAUAUCUGGCGGUGAAUAUAUGGACAAACCCGUCCCAAUUUCUGAUAUGGAAAAUCAUUUAAAUAAGGCACUCAGUCAUAUCGCAAAUUCAGAUAGAAUAACCAUGGAAAGGGAUCAUUUGAUAAGCGUACUGAAGAAAUACAGGAACUACCUCAUCGAAUCCUUGGCUCCGGGCAAUGAUGGACGCAUCAAAGAUUUUUCGUUUGCUUGUUAUAAUAUCAUCAAGCAAUACAUAGCUUAUCACAGUGAGUAA